GAUCCGGUUGCGAGUAUCCAGAGGCGGCAGAUCGGGCACCGACACGGAAAUCACCCGAGUCUCAUCCUUCCGGGGUACCGUUUUCCCCCUAUCGAACCCUCGUCUCUCCCGAUGCCCUCCCCUCUCCGCUGUGCCUCGUUUUUCCUCUCGGGCCUUAACACGAGCAUCUUGCCGGCAUUCCUCUUUGCCCGCAAUGUUACGAACGGAAAACAUGUGAAGGAAUCGAAGGAGGGGGCGCGAUGAAGAUCGUCACAUACAAUGUGAACGGGCUGAGGCAGCGCGUGUCCCAGCACGGCUCCCUCCUCCGCCUCCUCAACUCCCUCGAUGCCGACAUCAUCUGCUUCCAGGAGACAAAAUUAUCAAGACAAGAACUGUCUGCAGAUGUAACCAUGGCUGAGGGAUAUGAAGCUUUUGUUUCGUGCACUCGUACUUCUAACAAAGGACGGACAGGCUAUUCCGGUGUUGCAACAUUUUGCCGGGUCAGAUCUUCAUUUUCCAGCAAUGAGGUGGCUUUACCGGUAGCAGCAGAAGAAGGGUUUACUGGCCUUCUUGAAUGCCUAAAAAAGAGGGAGAUAACAAGGGAUUUCCUUCAUACACCUGUGGAAGUGGAAGGUCUUUCGGACAUAACAAAUGAGGAUCUAUUGAAGGUAGACAGUGAAGGGCGUUGUCUCAUAACUGAUCAUGGCCAUUUUGUCCUCUUCAACAUAUAUGGUCCUCGAGCUGAGGAAGACGAUAAAGAAAGGAUCCAAUUUAAACUUUUAUUUUUCAGGAUGUUAGAGAAAAGAUUGGAAUCUCUGUUGACUCAAGGGAAGAGAGUUUUUGUUGCUGGUGAUCUGAACAUUGCUCCUGCUGCUAUAGAUAAAUGUGAUGCAGAACCUGGUUUUGAGAAGAAUAUGUUUAGGAAAUGGCUACGAUCUUUGUUGCAAGAAUGCAGAGGUUCAUUUUUUGAUGUUUUCAGAUCAAAACACCCAGAGAGAAAAGAAGCAUAUACGUGCUUUCCACAAUGUGUUGGAGCUGAAGAAUUCAAUUAUGGUUCCAGGAUUGACCAUAUUCUUAUUGCUGGACCAUGCUUGCAUCAAAAUCAUAAUUUAGAAGGCCAUAACCUUUUAGAUUGCCAUGUGGAAGUAUGUGAUAUAAUGACUCAGUUCAAACGAGGAAAUUCUGACAAUACACCCAAGUGGAAUGGGGGGAGGAGUACUAAAUUGGAAGGUUCUGAUCAUGUUCCUGUUUAUGUUGUAUUGAGAGAUAUACCUGACCUUUCAACACAUGACACUCCAUCUUUAGCUGUGAGAUAUUUUCCUGAGGUCCGUGGGUGGCAGCAGACUAUUGUGUCAUUUCUAAUGAAAAGAAAAGUUUCAAGCAAUUGUAAACACCACAGCCUGUCAAAUUUCUCGUCGGUUGAAGACACUUUGAUAGAAAAUUGUGGUGAAUGUGUCGAAUGCAGUCUAGCUUGUGGGACAAAAUCACAGCAUGUGAAUGCAUCAGAUGUAUCUCAUUCCUCUGGCCAGGAUCUUCCUUAUUUUAACUCAGGAGGAGAAAGUUUCAAUUCAAAUGUAAUUAAAGAUUCAAGCAUCACUGUUGAUGGCACUCAAAACACUUUGCUUAGGUUGAAGACCGAGCCAGCAAGAUCUCUAUCUCACUGCAAAUUGAAAUUAAAGAAAAAGGGCGGACACAGUAACAGCUCUCAACUGACAUUGACAUCCUUUUUUCAGAAACCUAAUAUUGUUAGGACCAUUGGUGUGGAGACUGUGAAUACUGGUGGCUCAUCUACUCCAGAGGAUACUGAAAAACCAAGAGAUAAUUUAUCUCAUGUAACAGAAGGGGCAGGUAAAAUUUUUUCCGAAAAUGUCAAAGACAGCAGUUCUGAAAGGAAUGACUCUAGCAUAAGUUCACAUGUUCAAGAACAGGGCUGUUCAGAUCCAUCCUUCUUUUAUAAAAAAGAUAAGGAUAAUGUUGCAAUAUUGGAGUGGCAAAGGAUUCAAGAGAAAAUGAAGAAGAGCUUACCACUGUGCAAGGGUCAUCGUGAACCUUGUGUUGCAAGGUCUGUGAAGAAAGGUCCAAAUACAGGUCGUCAGUUCUAUGUCUGUGCUCGUGCCAAGGGACCUGCAUCUAAUCAAGAAGCAAAUUGUGAUCAUUUUCAGUGGGCCUCUGUGAAAUCUAAAGAGAAUCGCAGGUGAAAAAUGGUCGGUCAACAUGAAGUACUUGAUAUCUCCUCAUUAGCACAGUGCAACAUGUGCAAUCCUACUGAUCCCAUUGUAAAUUACUAUGACUCCAUUAAGUAUUUUUGUUGUUUAGGCUUAUAUAAUAUUUUUUUUGUAGGAAUUGCAAAGGCUUCCGGGUAAGAUAUUGAAAUUUUUCGUCCAUA